AUGACUUCCAUCAUCACUCUCGUGGCCAGCGCCCUGGCUUUCUUCGGGAUUGCCCAGGGUUAUACUCUCCCGGACAACAUUCCCGAUGUUACCUGGAAUCUCCCCAUCAACCCUGCUAAUAAGAGCAGCGCUACCGUCAGCUUCACCGGCACCAUCGAGCAGGCCGUCGCCAAGAUGGAGAACGAUUACUCCGGCUGGAACGCCACCCUCCUGGCCCAAUCUGCCGCCCAUCAUGCCGCCCACUCUGCCCCCUUCGGCGUAAAGGCUGAUUCCAAGCCCUUGCGCAUCAACUUCGACCCGGCCAACUGCACAAAUCCCAACUUCCCCCCUUUCCCCGCCGAUACCGCUCGCAUCCGUGAAGGGAUCCGGUACCUUUUGGGGGUUAGUGGCACAGCGAAGAAUGGCCCAGGACCCGGAAACUGUGGCCGUGUUAGCUGCUCAUACUAUUCUGCCAUCUACUGUGCAAUAACGUAUGUAUCAUCCCUCUGGUCUUAUGCUGUGUGCUGUUACUGA